AUGACAACAGUGAGAUGGUUUCAAGCAAGUUGGACAUAAUGACACAAGAAAUGUGAUUUUUGUCAUAGCAGCAAACCUCAAAUUGCAAGCAGGCUUGUCUUCAGAGAGAAACGGCAUGUCUCUGUUCAAGGCUCGUGAUUGGUGGGCCACGGUUUUAGGCGAAGGGGAGGAGUUUGAUCAAGGAUGCCUGUGUGUUGGAGACGUGGACAACAGUGGCACAGGGCAUGAUAAGGUCGUGGUGGGCAGCUACAUGGGCGUGCUGCGGGUGUUCUCGCCCCACGCCUCCAAACCCGGCGAGGCCAGCAAGGCGGACGCCCAGCUGCUGGAGGUGCAGCUCCGAGACCCCGUCAUCCAGGUGGAAGUGGGCAAGUUUGUCUCGUGUUCAGAGCUCCUCCACCUGGCCGUGCUUCACCCCAGGAAGCUGUGUGUGUACUCCGUGUCAGGGCUUGUGGGGAACGUGGAGCAUGGGGCCCAGUACCAGCUCAAGCUGGUGUACGAGCAUCACCUGCAGAGGACGGCCUGCAACAUGACCUACGGGACCUUCGGAGGGGUCACAGGCCACCACUCCCUGUGUAUCCAGUCCAUGGACGGCAUGUUGAUGUUCUUUGAGCAGGACAGCUACUCGUUUGGUCGUUUCCUGCCAGGCUUCCUGCUGCCAGGGCCCCUGUGUUACUGCUCCCGCACCGACACCCUGCUCACCGUGUCCUCCGCCCGCCAGGUGGAGAGCUACAGGUAUGAGACUUUGGCGGUGGCUACUGAUGCAGAGACCAGACAGAACUCAGACCAGCAGGGCAAGACUGCUGGGAAGAGGCUCACGGCUGACUGGACCCUGGUUCUGGGGGAGCAGGCCGUGGACCUGUGUGUCCCCACCUUCUCCCAGUCCACCACCUCCAUCUUUGUUUUGGGCGAGAGGAACCUGUACUGCCUCAAGGACAACGGCCAAAUCCGUUUCAUGAAGAAACUGGAGUACAACCCCAGCUGCUUCCUACCCUACGCCUCAGUGACGGAGGGAACCACCAACACGCUGCUGGGGAACCACACCAACAUGCUGCUGGUCUACCAGGACGUCACCCUCAAGUGGGCCGCCCAGCUAGCCUGCGUGCCGGUUGCAGUUCGCCUCGCCAAUUUCCCGGACCUGAGGGGCGUGGUGGUGACCCUGAGCGCUGAGGGCCACCUGCAGUGCUCCUACAUGGGCACAGACCCCUCCUUCUUCUCCACCCCCAAGGUGGACGCCCGGGAGGCCGACUACUCCCAGGUGGACGCCGAGAUGAAGAGCCUGCAGAAGGUCAUCCGCGAGGUCACCAGGAGCCAGGACAUCCUUCCUAAGACGGACGCGGAGGAAGACCUCCAAGUCACGGCCGCCGUCUCCUCCAGCAUGGACGACACGUCUCAAGCUCUCAUCCCAGAGAUCAGCGGCGUGCCGGUUCCCUCGGUCACUGUGAAGAUCAAGGUGAAGAGUCGCGUUGCGCUGCAGGGCCCUAAGGUGACCGUGUGUGUCCAGCCGCCCCUAGCUGUCACGCAGGAGCAGUUUGUGUUGGAGCCCUUAGGUGUGGGUGCCACCAUGGCAGUGACCUUCUCUGCCUUCCUGAAUGGAGAGUACCCACCAGCUGACCUGACAGGAGAUGUGGCAGUGUCCUAUAGCUCGCCCACAGGGGUGCCCAGGGUGGCCCAGUGCAAGUUCUUCCUGCCCCUCCGGCUGGUCUGCUGCCCCACGUCAACCUCCAAGAACGCCAAGUACAAGGUGACUGUGGACACCAACAAGCCCCCUGUCAACCUCAACAAGGUUUUCCCAGACUUUGCUGAGAAGUCUGAGGAUAAAGAAGGCAAUGCCAUGGCCUUCCACUUCAUCUCCGGGGCUCGAGUCACUGUGCUGGCCUCCAAGACUUCCCAGCGCUACCGCAUCCAGAGUGACAGUUUCGAGGACAUCUGGCUUGUGGCCAAGGAGCUGGUGCAGCGGUUCGACAGCCACUUCCAAGCGCUGGGCGUCAAGGACUUCAGGAACAGCUUCUCAGGACCCAUCCCUCUCAGCGAGUACUUUGAGACGGUCGACCAGCACUUCGAGCUGCGCGUCAGUGCAGAGAAGUACCAGGACCUGCUGUCUGAGCGGGCCGUCCAGUUCCGGGCCAUCCAGCGUCGCCUCCUCACACGCUUCAAAGACAAGACCCCCGCCCCCCUCCAGAACCUGGACACUCUCAUGGAGGGGACCUACCGCCAGGUGAUCGCCCUGGCGGACGCGGCGGAGGACAACAGGGCCCUCCUGGAGCGGGCCUUCUCGCGCCUGCGGAGCGCCAGCCACCUGCUGAUCCUGCUGGUGACCCUGUGGCAGGGCCUGGGCCCCGAGCAGAGCAGCAUCCUGGAGGCCACGCUGCUGCCCCUGCUGCACGACACGCCCCAGCUGGGUUGGGAGGAGAGCGUGGACGCAGCCGUGUCCCACCUCCUGCGGACCUGCCUGUCGCGGAGCCCCAAGGACCAGGCCCUGUCCCUGGCCUCCUCCCAGCUGACCAUGCCCCGGGACACCGCGCGCCUCAAGAAGCACAUCACCCUGCUGUGCGACCGCCUGGCCAAGGGGGGGCGCCUGUCCCUGUCCUCCGAGGCCAACGCGCCCACGCCGCUCCUGCUGCCAGUGGAUGUCAGUGUCUAUGGGACUUCCUGCGAGCGCGUCCACAGGAAGUGUGGACUUGGCCAGCAUGUGGAUCAGUUUACUCAGAUAGGUCUCGUACCAAGAGGUCCAGGGGAUCGUCAAAUGCUCCAGGCACAAGGAAAACCCUUUGGGAACUUCCUCACACAGUUUACCAAGAAGUCG